AUGCUCGCCGGUUGCACCCCUCGCAUCGUCACUGAGCCCUGCUCGCCGAUGCGUCUGCUCUCGCACUGCUUCUUCUUCGUCCAGCACAACCACGUCGACAGCAUCACCGUGGUUGGGGCCCUCUACCUUGUACGCCCGGUAUUGGCAACACCGACGCGUGCUUUUGUCCCCGAUGCGUUGCUGGGACUGGCAAACCUAGCCCACGCCUCGGCGCACAGGUGGCUUGACUGCAUCGACUUCGGCAUCGACCCUCCCGUUCCUACCCCGUCUGCCUCGAUUGCGUCGUCGCAUUUCUUCUACGUCAACGACGGCCUUGACUGCAUUGACUUCGGCAUCGCCCCCCUUCCACGACGACUGCCUCGACGCGUCUCCGUCAUCAUCAUGGCGCCCCUCGCGCGCCUGCAGCUCCAUCGACAUGGUAAUCCGACCACAACUACGUCGACCUCAGCCAUCUUCAGCACGGCUUCUUCGACCACGGCUAUUGCGCCGUCACGCUCUGCUACCUCGACAUCGGCACAAAGGGCUACCGCCUUGCAUGAGGACUCAUCGGCUUCUUCUCCAGCCACAUCAUAUGCGCCGCAUCGACUGUUAUGA